CUGUGAAAGGGGAGAGCAAAAUCUGAAGAGUUAUAUCAUGUUUACCUUCUUCUGGACAACAGUGCUAUUCUCUCUGAGGGCCUCCAACACAUAUACAGUUACAUCUGCCUUGGGAAGACCGUUCUGUUUAAGGGAAUUCUGCAUUACUCUUAAUGAGGGAGAAAUAACAGCCGAGGCUGGACUCUGUGUUGUGAUACCAUGUUCCUUCAUCGCUGCUGAUGGAUUUACACCAAAAAAUAUUGUCUGGUUCAAAUGUGAAUCAAAGAGAAGGAAAUGUCGGGACUCUGAUAUAAUUUUUCACACCAACCACAAAAAGGUUCCAUCUGAAUUCUUAGGACGGGUUUCACUGUUGGAUCCUGAUGUAGGUCAGAGAAACUGUAGCAUCAUGAUCAAUGACCUCACCACAUCUGAUUCUGGAUCAUAUCAGCUCAGAGUAAAUGGUCUUUACCAUGGAAAAGAAGAUGGAUUUGUCUUCAAUCAAAGAACAACUGUCUCUGUUAAAGAUCUCAGGCAGAGGCCCACAGUGACUAAUCCUCCACUGACUGAGGGACAACAGGCCAAUCUGACCUGCACUGCUCCUGGUCUCUGCUCUGAGUCUCCUCCUAAAAUCACCUGGAUGUGGAGAGGAAAAGAAGAAAAUGAAUCUAUGAUAGGAAACAUCACUGCUUUAAGAACUGAGAAUCUGACUGCUGUCACACAGAGACACAGCUCAACUCUGACCUUAAACCCAUCAGCUGAACAUCACAACAGCAAUAUAACCUGUAAGGUCAGCUUCACAGGGGACAUAACCACUGAGGAGACUUUGAUUCUAAAAGUAAACUAUAAAAGAAAACCUCACAUCACUGGAAAUACAACUGUGAAGGAGGGAGAUACUCUGAAUCUGACUUGCAGUAUUGACAGUUUCCCUCAGUCACUUGUCGUGUGGACCAAGCAUUCACCAAGUGGAAUUCACCUCCAUAAUGACACUGGAUCGGCAACGCUUGUCGUUUCAAAUGUGACAGCUGAGGAUUCUGGACAAUAUUUCUGCACAGCAAUUCAUCUGGGCAGCAUGGUGUCUGUUUCCGCUGACGUAAAAAUGACUUGGUUUUCAGAGAUCCUAGAAGGCUCUUGAUGUGUGUUUCAGUCAAAGCUCCUGACCUGUGUGUGUAUCGCUAAGGGGUUUCCUCUGCCCACCAUAACAUGGCCGCUGCUGAAGGACCACAGCAAGUACUCUGUUAUUAACACAGUGUCAAAUCACACUGUCAACACCACUGUCACCAUAUCCCUGGAACAACACCAGAAUAUCAGCGUUGAAUGUUUUAGCAGCCAUGAAAACGGAGAAGCGCAAAAAAACCUCACCGUCCAACAAGAUGUCUUAGAAAAAGAAGACAUUCAGUCCAAAAGGAUUUCAAAAACAGUUUUCAGGCUGGAAGUCAUUGUUGCCUUUCUGAUUGGGGUUCUGCUUUCAGCUACAAUUUGUUUUCUGGCCCAAAAAUGCAACAGAAAAUCGCUGAAGAAACCUGGGAAUUUGGAUGAAACUCUGAAGAUGAUUCCUCAAGAUGGUCCACUGAUUGAUGAUGGUCAAGCAGUUCAAAAUGACAAAAGCAAUGACCAAGAAGAAGCUGAGAAUGGAGCUGUGGCUGCAGAGAGGUGUUCGUCGGACGUGAGCAACGGUCCAAAAGAUCUACAGUAUGCCAGCAUCAACUUCUCCAUUCUGAGGAGAAGGAGGGAAAAAGAAGAAGCAACGGAACGGGAAAGUACAUUGACAGAAUAUGCCGAAAUUAAAAUAGAAGCAAAAGAGCAAAGGAAAGAUGAUAGUAAAGAGGCGAGUGAGACAAUGGAGGGCAAAGUGGAGGAUUUGAUGACAGAACAUUGUGAGGAGAUAAAACACUGUGUCUCUGAGAAACAGGGAGAAGUGGAGGCAGUUUACUCCACUGUGAAAGAUAUCUUAGAUGAGAUCCAAGAACAGAGCUGUAUUGAAUAAAUAUGUAGUAUUUUUUUUCCAACUGUGUGCUCUGCAAAAGGAAUAGCAACACCUUAAUGCUCUCUUUCACAUUAUAAAUACUGAAACCAUAUACAUUUUUUUCCCACAAAAUUAUUAUAUUUCUGUUACAUUCUAACCACAUAAGGUCCCCAACAUCCAUCCAUCUAUUGGCUAUACCCGCUUGUCCUUUCAGAGUGGAAGGGUCAUUGGGAGUCAGUCCCUCACAGGACAACAGAGAAUCACACAGGGAAAACGCCUAUGCAUGCAAACGCUCCUAAAUAGAGCCAAUUUACAGUAACUAUUUAACCUAUCAGUCAUGUUUUUAGAUUGUUGGAGGAAGGCGGAGACUUAGUGCACAUUCAAACUCAAAGCAAAAUGACUUCAGGCCAGGAUUCGGACCUAUAGGACCUUCUCGAUACAGGGCAACAGGACACAAUGGCUGAGUAGGAGUAAAUUUAUUUACUAAAAUAACAAUUUCACAAGGCUUUUGCUUGAGGAAAAAAAAUAACAGACAUUGUUUAUUUAUUUUUUUGGAUUGGAGAAACCAGAAUUAAAUUAAAUUUUAAAUAAAUACAUGUAUCUCAAGCCGACAUCUUGUAACUACAGCUGCAAUUCCGAUAAUUUAAUUUCCCUUUGGGAUUAAUAAAGUAUUUUUGAAUUGAAUUGGGUUGAAUAAAAGCAAAUUGGUCUUCAUUCCCUGGUCUAAACGUACUCUUCCA